GCCAACAGGAGCGUGGCGCGGGGCUUGGGAGGCCCGCAAGGGAAGGAUGGCACGGAGCUCGUGCCAUGCGGGUCCUUAGCGGGGGCGCCGGGGGCGCCGGGGGCCCCGGGGGCCCGGGGAUCUCGGGGAUCUCGGGGGCGGCCGCCCUGGGUGGCGCAGCCCUCCUCAUUCUCCUGCUGCUGCUGCUGCUGCUGCUGCUGCUCCGGCCCAAGCGGCCGGCCAGCUUCCCCCCGGGCCCCGCCGGACUGCCGCUCCUCGGCAACAUCUUCUCCCUGGCCGCCUCCGCGCAGCUGCCGCACGUCUACAUGGAGCAGCAGAGCCACGUGCACGGCCAGAUUUUCAGUUUGGAUCUUGGAGGUUUGUUCACUGUGGUCUUGAAUGGCUAUGAUAUAGUAAAAGAAUGUCUUGUUCAUCAAAGUGAAAUUUUUGCAGACAGACCUGCUCUCCCGCUGUUCAAGAAGCUGACCAAUAUGGGAGGUUUGCUCAAUGCCACGUACGGCCGGGGCUGGGUAGACCACCGAAGGCUAGCCGUGAACAGCUUUCGCUGCUUUGGCUCUGGUCAGAAAUCCUUUGAAUCCAAAAUCCUUGAAGAAGCCAAGUGCUUUGUUGAUGCCAUUGACACUUAUAAAGGGAAACCCUUUGACCUUAAGCAGUUGAUAACAAACGCGGUUUCGAACAUCACCAACAUAAUUAUUUUUGGAGAACGUUUUUCCUAUGAAGACACAGAAUUUCAGCACAUGAUUGAGAUCUUCAGUGAGAAUGUGGAGCUGGCUGCCAGUGCCUCUGUCUUCUUGUAUAAUUCUUUCCCCUGGAUCGGCAUCUUCCCCUUUGGGAAACACCAGCAACUUUUUAAGAAUGCAGCUGUGGUCUACGAUUUUCUCUCUAGAAUUAUCGAAAAAGUGUCUGCCAACAGAAAACCACAAUCACCUCAGCAUUUCGUCGAUGCAUAUUUAGAUGAGAUGGAUAAAGGCAGAAAUGACCCAGGCUCUACAUAUUCCAAGGAAAAUCUGAUUUUCUCUGUAGGGGAGCUUAUCAUCGCUGGAACAGAAACCACCACCAAUGUACUGAGAUGGGCAGUUCUUUUUAUGGGCCUUUAUCCCAAUAUUCAAGGACAAGUCCAUAAAGAGAUUGAUUUAAUUGUGGGACCCAAUAGGACACCUUCUUUGGAGGACAAAGCCCAAAUGCCAUUUACUGAGGCAGUUUUGCAUGAAGUUUUACGGUUCUGUAAUGUAGUCCCCCUGGGUAUUUUCCAUGCAACUUCUCAAGAUACAGUUGUACGUGGUUAUUCUAUUCCUCGGGGUACUACAGUCAUUACAAAUCUUUAUUCCGUUCACUUUGACAAAAAGUACUGGAAAAACCCAGAAGUUUUUUAUCCAGAACGAUUUCUGGACAGCCACGGACAGUUUGUUAAGAAAGAAGCGCUGGUUCCUUUCUCACUAGGAAGAAGACAUUGUCUUGGAGAACAGCUGGCUAGGAUGGAGAUGUUUUUGUUUUUCACAUCAUUGCUUCAGCGAUUCCACUUGCAUUUUCCACCCGAGGUAGUUCCAAAUCUCAAACCCAAAUUAGGCAUGACAUUGCAGCCACUACCGUACCUCCUCUGUGCAGAAAGACGGUAGCCAGAGUGGAGUUAUGUAUUUAUAGACCAUAAAGGAGUCUGCCUUCUGCUCAGAAUAUGAACACUAGCCCCAUUCUCUUAAUUUUACUUGAAACUAUUUUCAAAAAUCUAAAUUGAGAAACACAAAGUAGUUUUUAAAAUAUAUGUGUGCCCCCAGACCCACCUUUCUAACUCUGCCCACUUUUUAAUCUAGAUUCUUGAUUUUCUGGGAAUGCAGAGAGGGGAUGUCCUCUGCCCUCUCUCUUUGGGGACAGUGUUUGUUAGAGAAGGAAAAAAUAAAAAACAAGAUUCCAAGGCAGGGAUUGGGGGGGGGGGUGCGGAGGAAGGGGGUGUUUGGUGGUGAAUGGGAUUUGGAUCUUUCAACAAAUUCUGGUCUUUCUCUUUACCUGGCUUCAGGGAAGGUUCCUUGCCCUCAAAAUGGAAGAGUUUAGUUAAUAUUAAAUAAUGACACUUCUGUUUGUAAAAUAAAAGUGACUGGUUUGUCUCUUGGGAUU